GCGAGAUUCAUAUGAUAUUAAUGUGAAUCAAUGUUGUCAACAAACAAACAAACAAACAAACAAAAAUCAAAAGAUUCAAUGAUUAUGAUCAUCGAAUAUAAACAUUAAUUAUAUUCAAGAUUCAGGAAACCGCAAAAAAAGAAAUUAUGGGAAUCAAUCCACAACAACAACAACAAUCGAACAAUAAUAGUUCAAUAAAUUAUCAGAUAACAACUAUAAAUCCACCAACAACAACAACAACAUUGAAUGGUGGUAAUAUUGGUUCGACAAUUAUCACUACUGGUAGUGGUGGUGGUGGUGGUGGUAAUAUAAUUGGAACAAUCACUAAUCUUGUUAAUAUGAAUUUGACAUCAGUAUCAGUAUCGGCGGCUACACCAUCAACAAUAACAACAACAACAACAGCUUCGACAACAAUAACGAAUAAUCCAAAUACGAUUACGACAAUAGCAACAACAACAAAUAAUAAUAAUAAUAAUAAUGCAUUAUCUUUAUGUUGUUUGAUUGAAAAUGGUACAAAAUGUACAAGAAAUGCAGGUAAUGCAUCAUAUUCGAAACGUAUCGAAAAACAGGUAGCCCAAAGAAAAUUACAGCUAAUUGUUGAUCCACGUUCAUCGCAUGCAUAUAUUUGUGAACAUCAUAAACAAAUAAUACAAUCAAUACGUACGAAUAGUAAACGUAAACGUAAAGAUGUAAAUAUGAUUGGUAAUGAUGAUGGUAUCGGUAUGAUUGAUGAUGAACUUUCAAUGAAUGAUUUUAAUGGUUUAAUGAAUGAUUCAUCGAAUGAAAUGAUACAACAUUCAAUUGUACCAUCAAUAAUGAAUGUAAAUUCAUCUAUACAUCAUCAUCAUCAUUCUCAUCAUCAUAUGAAUAAUAGUGGAAAAUAUGGAUUACAACAUCAUCAACAACAACAACAGCAACCAUCAUCAUAUACAUCAACAACAUCAUCAUCAUCACCAAUAGAUUUUCAUAGUUUACAAGUAAAUACAUUACGUAAAUAUAAACGUCAUUUUCGUUUACCAAUUAAACAUGCAAGUAAUAAAAAUCAAUUAGCUGAUGAAAUUCAACGACAUUUUCGUUCAUUGGAUGUAAAUGAAAAAGAUGUUAUCAAUAAAUUUAUGUAUAUGGUAAAAAAUGGUAACAACAACAACAACAAUUCGAAUAAUAAUAAUGGUAAUGGUAAAUCGAAUGAAUUUAAUAAUUCAAAAGAAUGAAAUGAUAUUACCAUCCUUUUUUCAUCAUCAUCAUCAUCAUCAACAAAAUUAUCAUCAAAAAUCAUCGAUUUUGUCGCACAUUCUUCUUUUUUUCCUCAAUGAAUUAAAUAUUCUGUUCAUUAAGGUUCAUUUUCGUGAGAAACUGUAGAAACAGAAGAAU